CUCGUCAUUCCAGCUGCUGUUCUCUUGACUUGUGGCCUAUUUCUAUGACAGGACAGGAAUGAGGAAUUUCUGUGACACGAGCGAUCAACCUUGAUACAAACUUUCUCACACAGAACUCAUUUGAUAUGCUACACUCAUGCUUUGAUAGAUACUGAAUGGAAAUGACGUCUAGAACACUGUAUUCGUCUAGGCAGCGGAUGCUGAAGAAGCGGGAUGAUUUUGAAGACGUCCUGGAGGAGAGGCGGCGUUCCAGUGAUCUGAGAUACGCACUGAGAUGUUACACUCCCUUACUUUAUAAAGGUCUAGUGCCCUGCAAAGCCAGCAUGCUGAAGACCAUAGUCCUGCAGUCGGACCACCUGCAGUAUGUCAUUAAACAGGUUUCAUCAGAAUCAGGAGACAGUUGUGAGUCUGUGACGGAGGAAGCGUCUCUGAUUCUGGACGAGAUGGCUCAACGACUUCAGCUCAGCACUGUACGUUUCUUCGCCUUCAUGCUCAGCAAAGCCUUCAAGAGACUCUUCCGCAGCGUGUGUGUCAACGAGGAGGGCAUCCAGAGACUCCAGCAGGCUGUACAGGAGCACCCGGUGGUUCUUCUGCCCAGCCACCGUAGUUACAUGGACUUCCUGAUGAUGUCAUACUUACUCUACAUGUACGACCUCCCCCUGCCCGUGAUUGCAGCUGGAAUGGAUUUCAUAAGCAUGAAGUUUAUUGGUGAGAUGCUGCGUAUGUCGGGAGCAUUUUUCAUCCGCCGGUCGUUUGGAGGAGAUAAACUUUACUGGGCUGUGUUUUCUGAGUAUGUGAAGACCAUGCUGAGGAAUGGUUAUGCCCCAAUUGAAUUCUUCUUGGAAGGAACUAGAAGCAGGACGUGCAAAUCUCUUACACCAAAGACGGGGUUGUUGAAUAUUGUAAUGGAGCCUUUUUUUAAAGGAGAGCUAUUCGAUGUGAUUCUGGUUCCUGUCAGCAUCAGCUACGAGAGAAUCCUGGAAGAGUCCCUGUACGCCCGUGAGCUGCUCGGUGUCCCGAAGCCCAAAGAGUCCACCUCAGGUCUGUUGAAGGCCCGGCGGGUCCUGAGCGAGGACUAUGGCAGUAUGCAUGUUUACUUUGGUCAUCCUGUAUCUUUGCGCAGUCUGGCAGAGGGAAAGAUAAACCGCUGUCAGUACAACCUGCUGCCAAGGUUCAUUCCUCAGAAACCCAGCACAGAGAAUCACGAGUUUCUGAAGGAAACUGCGUUCCGCCUGGUCCGCAUACAGGAGGAGAACAUGGUUCUGAAGCCCUGGGUUCUCAUCGCCACGCUGCUGCUGCAGAACCCGGAUGGCCUGGACCUCUCCUCUCUCACGGAGCAGACCGACUGGCUUAGGCACUUGGCACUGGCGUUUGGAGCGUUCUUGGACUGGCCUGAUCACGCGUCCUGCAGUGAAGUCAUCAGCUGUAGUUUAGCUCUGCACACACACCUGUUGACUGUGUCCGCGGGACACGUCCAGCUGAGCGUCACGGAUGCGCCGGGGGUCGAGACCACACCAGAGGAAGCCGUGUUUCACCGAGCCGUCGUCGUGCUCUCCUGUGCCUCCUACAGGAACCAGAUCCUCCACGUGUUUCUGAGGCCGGCUCUGUUAGCACUGGCCAUGCAAAGCGCAAACUCCAAUAGAAAAGAUGACAUCUACAACUGUUUCAGCUUCCUGAGGAACAUGUUCUUCAACGAAUUUAUUCUUUGCCCUGGGGACUCGGUUCAGGAUUUUGAAGAAGCGUGUUAUUUGCUCACGAAGCGUGGAGUGUUGCAGGUAUUGGAGCAUGAGAUUGUGAUGUCAGCGAGCGGUCAAAGCACCCUCGCUUUCCUGUGUGCAGCUUUGGACCCCUUCCUGCAAGGAUACCAGGUGGUGUGUCGCUAUCUGUGUGAGGAGACUAAUGAGAACCUGACGGAGAAGGAGUUUGUUCCCGCUGCGAGGAACUUUGCACUGAAGCUCAUCUUGGCAGGCCGUCUGAAGUGUUACGAAGCUUUAUCCUCAGACCUGCAGAAGAACACUCUGGCAGCUCUCCUGAGGCUCAAAGCCGUGCGGAAGGUCAAAGUAGGAGCUCAGGAGACAUUGAAGGUGAACAAGAUUGCAGUGAACUCACUGGAGGAUACGCUGGGAGGUAAAAUUCCUACCCAGAAGCCCGUCCUCGCUCGACUGUAGUCGUACACGCACAAGUCUCUGGAGGGCCAAACCAAACUAAACUGCCUUCAUUAGCAUAAUGCCAAAUUUUGCAAGGGGGCACGGCUUCGCUGACUACAAAGGUUACCUGUCAUCGAGCUUUAAAGGGACGUCACAGGUUUGCCAUCUGGGACGCUAGAAGCACUCUUUUUAUCUCUCUCCCUCUUCCACAAACUCGACAGCAGGUUCGCGUCUGUGAUCGGCCGACAUCUUUUAUGUCUUUAUCAGACGAGGUUUUAAACUGCUCUGAUGUUGCCAUGAAGACAGCGACACUUCUGAUGUUUUUCAUUCCCGUUUGAACAUCAUGCUACCGCCAUUUGCGCUCGUUUUAAUCCAUGUCAGCACUAAAGAGCCUUCGCUUUGAUCCGAAACACUGUUACUGUUCAUUCCUGCUGGAUUUUUGUCGGUUUUCUCUUUUUCCGUGACUUGUUUGAUUUGAAUUAUUUUCUUUUGCUCUCUAGACAUGGACGCUUUUGUUUGUUCAAGGAUCAAAUUGUUUAGGGAUCAUGUUACAAAAAUAGGUCAAUCAAAUGUGUUAACAUAUUGGGAGCUAAAGAAAAAAGGUAAAUGUGAGCGUCUGCUCUCAUAAGGGAAGCUUUUAGUGUUCUAAUGAGCCAAGUAUGGAGACUUUUCAUUGCCAUCAGUGUUUACGUGCCUCUUGUAAACUAAACCGCUUUUCUGCUAAAACAAAACAUGUUUUUAGACAUAUCACUGCAUUGUUUGCAUAUUUCACACUGUCCUUCGGUAGUUCUUUUCAUUGUAAAAAAAAGGGUCAGAUGAUACAGAGGCAUGUCGCACUUGACAUCUUGUCGAACUGCAAGUAUGACAUCUAUUUUUCAGAAUGAAUGAAUUAAAGAAUUAAGUCGUACUGACCCAGAUCACAAAGAUAAGCUUUUAAAAUGGUGUGAAGUUGACGCAUGUCAGUUUUGGUUUUCUGCCUUUGAAUUUUCACACUGCGGCCUAAAACUGAAGUAUAUACAGAGUUUAGAUACAUUUAUGUGCUGCACUGCAGUCUUUCUUGAAAAAAAACUAAGAUAUGUGCCCAUUUUGGGGAUUUGAAUGGAAAUUCAGGUAAUUUUCUAUCCCAUAUUUUGGACUGAUCAUCACGACAUUAUCUGUCUGUGGUCGCCGCAUGGAGGAUGCAACUAUACAACUCAAGCCAUAUAAAGCCAUAGCGCUCAUCCGCCCUGGGUUUGGGUUGAUUCUUGCACAAUUCAUCAAAUUAAGUAAAAAAAAAAAAGCUGAAACUAUUUAUGUUUACAAGCAGCUUUUUACAUAAUUGGAUGAAUUCGUCUUUGUGGAUUGAAAGGGUAUUGAUUGACGGAAUCUGUAGAAAUCACUCCUUUGACUUUUGGACAUUUUAUAUCUAUAUUGAUUGUGUGUCUUUCUAAUAAUGUUAAUAUUGUGAUUGAACAGUGAUUGUGUCUGAUACAUUUUGAAGAAAUGGCACUAAAGACUAAAUAUGCAUUAAAGCUAGGUAAAACGUGAA